AUGAAAGCACAGCCCGGCAAACCGAUCGUUAUCGAACAAAUUCCAACCCCAACCCCAACAGGCCGCCACCUCCUCGUCCGUGUCGAAGUAGCAACCCUCUGCAAUAGCGACAUAGCCAUAACCCAAUCAGGCGGAUUCGGCCAGUCAAAUUACCCACUAGUGAUAGGCCACGAAGCUGUCUGCAUAGUCGAAGAACUCGGUCCCGACGCAUCCCCCUAUAAUUUCAAACCUGGUGACCGAGUCGGCUCACCCCUAUGGCGUGAUAUGUGCCUAACAUGCUACGAAUGCACUCACAUUGGACCACAGUUCUGCACCAGUGCGAAGAUGAUAGGGAUGAAUGCCCCGGGGUACUUCUGUGAGUAUACACUUAUUGACGCUGCUUGUGCGGUCAAGGUCCCAGAGAAAGAGAAUAUUCAGGCCGCGCAACUGUCGCCACUUUUCUGUGCGGGUAUUACCGUCUGGGAUGGUCUCAGUCGUGCUGAGCUGAAGGAUGGUGAGACGGUCGCUAUUGUUGGUGUCGGGGGCUUAGGUGAGAUGGGAGUUAAAUACGCGCAUGCAAUGGGAUGUAAGGUUCUGGGGCUGGAUAUUAAUGAGACGCAGUUGAAAGGCGUUUUAGAGUCCGGGGUAGUGGAUGGGAUUGUUAAUACGCGGACUACGGCGCCGAGUGAUGUUUUGGGAGCUGUCAAGGAGUUGAAUGGGGGGAGGGCUGUUGAUGCUGUGGUUGUUACUUCUGGGGCGUUGAAGGCGUAUGAGACUGCUAUCGGGAUUCUUAGGCCCGAGGGUAGGUUGAUUGCUAUUGGGGCUCCGUUGGAGAGUGUUCCCGUGUCGAUGUCAAUGAUAGCGACUUAUGCUUUGAAGAUUAUCGGGGCGCUGGUUCCGGGGCAGGUUGGGUGUUCGAAGUGUGUGGCAUUUUCUCAUGAGAAUGGGAUUUACCCUAGGAUCAAUCCGAGGGAGUUCCAGUUGGAGGAUAUUAAUGAGAUGAUAGCGUUGUUGAAGGCUGGCAACGUGCAGGAUGGAAGGAUGGCCGUUCGAUUUUGA